GUUCAUCAUUCCAAAAAAAUUAAAAAUGCCUUCCGAAGAUUUGGACGAGGUGUUCCUUGAACUCUACCCAAACACAGAGACUCACCUAGCGCCUAUAGAAACUUUAGUGACCCUUUUCACAAUAAAAUACUGCGAUUCUGACAUAAGUAUCAGAUUUGUAAAGGGCACUAAAUCUCCAAAAGAACGGGCUUUUGCCCUAGAUAUCUCCAGCUUUCGAUACCAGAUCCUAGAAGAGGAUUCUGUACCUCAUUACGCAAAUUCUUGCGAAUUGCCUCACAUCGUAGUUUCGGAAUCAAGUUGCAUAGCUGGACUUUGCGCAACCUUGAGGCAAAUUAUAAAAAGGUCCUUGGCAAAGGACGUGACACUUCACUGCCAAACUUUACUUGGAUUCAAAGACUCUUGUCUUCUCGCCUGUUCAGAGGUCAGCGUUUGGACCAAAUUUUGCGAAGUAGACAUCAUAUCUACCCUGAAAUUCUCCAAAGAAGAGGAUCUGAAAGAAGUCGAAUUGCCACUCAGCUUGGCAAGAUUUGAAUGCCAUAUGUCGCAGCCAACAAGACUGCACAAUAUUUAUAAAUACAGUAUGUCGAAGAAAUUCUCGACAAAGGGAAUCGUCUCACAGGAGCGGAAAAUUCCGGAACAUACUUACGCUGAGGGUUCGACGAUUUCGUUAGCAGAUAUCAUCAUAUUCGCAUGUAUUCAUGUACUCUUGGAUUCCAAAUGGAAUGAUAAAUUGAUGAAGUUGUUGCCACUGACAUCCAAAUGGUACGAGACGAUGAUUGGGAACGAGAGAAUUCUAGAGUGUUUGAAUUUUCUCUCCCAGGAGCGAGAGAGGGGAAAUAUUUUUCGGAAUUAUACCCUUCCUGUCGUUCAGAAUGAGAGUUUGUACAAGAGUGACCCGAAGAGAUAUAAACCGAGAAACAGGAUAUUCACGAGGCAAGGUGAUGUCGACAAUUCGCUGAGACUGAUCAGAAAUUUGGAUUUAGAAACGUCUUUGACGGGAGAAGUUUUUGCUGGGGAGAGUGACUUUGAUUGGUCUGCAAUUCCGAUUGAGGCGACGCCAGAAGGAGGAGCGCUGCCGAUUAGCAGAUUGAAAAGGAAAUUUGAGCAACUGGAGAACCUUGCUAAACCUGUUGUCAAAACUGCCAAGGAGGGAGAUAUUAUUGUUGAUUUUUGUUCCGGGAGUGGACAUUUGGGAAUUCUUAUUGCUUAUUUGCUACCUCGGUGCAGUGUGAUUUUGCUGGAGAAUAAGGAAGAGUCGUUGAAUAAGGCGAAAGUGAGAGUGAAGAAUUUGAAGCUCGACAAUAUCAAGUUCUAUCAAUGUAAUUUGGAUUAUUUCAAGGGAGACUUCGACAUCGGAACCUCCUUACAUGCCUGUGGGGUCGCUACAGACCUGGUGAUCCAGCACUGCAUUAGAAGGAACGCAGUUUUUGUGUGUUGUCCCUGUUGCUACGGAUCUGUGCACGAUUGUCAUCACAUCUCAUACCCACGAAGUGAUUUCUUAAAAACGUUAAUAGACAAACGAAGUUACUUGGUUUUGGGUCACUCCGCAGAUCAAACUCACGACGCCGACAAUGUCAAAACGAAACAAGGCUACGAGUGCAUGGAAAUCAUCGACACCGACCGAAGACUUCACGCCGAACAAUUUGGCUACACUGUUCAUCUGGGAAAACUAGUUCCGGCAUCCUGCACUCCAAAGAAUCAUUUACUUGUUGGAAUUCCCAGUUCUAAAACCACGAAUUCUUGAUGACUCCCAAUGACGAUGGUGACUUUAUAAUUAAGUGUAAGUUUAUUUUUUCGCUUAUACUUUAUUUUCGAGAAAUUGCAGGUCUCGGACUCACUGCCGAGAUAACAAAAAAGUGUAAAUAGUGUCAUAAAGUUAAAGAAAUAGUGUUAUAAAAUUUUUCAAGUAUUACACUUAUGUAUAGUUGAAAUUUGAAAGUGUGUACUUGCGUUAUGGAAAAUGAACUUUAUUUUCUAAGCUGAAUUUCCAGUUUUCUAACCUAAUAUUUGUAAAGUAUUAAAAAGGAACUUCAA